AUGUCUCAUAAUAAACAUCAUAAAAUAAGAAGAAGAUGUCAGCAGGUGGAUACUUCCAAUGAGGAUAAUCUACCAUAUUUAUUUAGAUGGAAGGGCUCUGUUACCCCAAAUGUUAUAUUUCAGACCUUAUUCGUUACCGCUUUCGCGGCCGCUGUGACGUUAGUAUAUACCAAAACAAAUAUUAAGCCUAGCAUUCCGCAAACAUUCAUUCCGGUGCUUGGUUUCGUUGUGGGUCUCUUACUUACCUAUAGAACAAAUACAGCUUAUGAUAGAUAUUGGGAAGGUCGCAGAGCAUGGUCUUCAAUGGUAAUUGCGAUUCGAAAUUUAACACGAUACAUUUGGGUAGGUGUCAAAAGAAAAAAAUCAAAAAAUGAAUUGGAAGAAGAAGAAAAAAAUAAUAAAAGGAAAUUUAUAAAAGAAAAUGAUGAAUUAAAAAGAAAAUAUGAAGAAAUAAAAAAAUAUGAAGCUGACGAAUUAAAAAAAGAAAAGGAUAAAAUGAAAAAUGAUGAAUUAAAAAAAGAAAAGGAUGAAAUGCAAGCUGAGGAUGAAAAAAUCUUGAUAAAUAAAAAUAUUGAACUGGAAAAAAAAAAAAAAGAACUAGAAGAACUCAUUAUAAAAAAAGAAGAAGAAAAAAUAGAAAUAGAAAAGAAAAGCGCUGUAAGACUUCUUAUAGGAUUUGCAUUUGCUGUAAAACAUUAUCUACGUGAAGAGGAAGCAAGCGAAUGCGAUGAUGUUCGACCUUUCAUUUCGGACAUAGAAUCAACUUUACCGGGUUUUGAAAAUCUAAAGACUCAGGACGAAAUUGAGAAAAAGAUCGCGAUUGACAAUAACAAUUGUCAAAAAGGUCCGACAUUGACCCAUAUUUUAAGUUCAUUUAGUAACAGAAAGGAGCCGCAUCAACGUGGAAAAGGAAAAGAAUUGGAAAUGGAAUCACCUAAUCAUAAUCUUCCUUUAGAGAUUUCUUUAUAUAUUUCUGAUUAUGUUACAACUCAAUUUAGGGAAGGGAGAAUUGGUGUGCCAACAACUAAUAAUAUGUUACAAAAUGUUAAUUUGUUGAUAGAAUGUUUGUCAUCUUUUGAAAGAAUUUUGAGAACACCAAUUCCUUUGGCAUAUUCUAUUCAUUUAUCCCAAACCGUAUGGAUUUAUUGUCUCUCCUUACCUUUCCAAUUAAUUGGUGUCGUUGGUUGGGCGACCAUUCCUAUUGUGUUCUUGGCUAGUUUUGUUUUGCUUGGUAUCGAAAGAAUUGCUGCAGAGAUAGAAAAUCCUUUUGGUUAUGAUCCGAAUGAUUUAGAUUUGGACGGUUUUUGCGAAAUUAUCCAACGAGAACUCGAUAUCAUCAUAAAGCAUUCUCCACCAAAUGUUGACCAUUGGGUAUACGACAAAGGAAAUCUUGAUGCUAUUGAAAAUGCGGAUAAUGAAACUAUAAGAUCUGGAGAAAAUAGUGUUGCUAUUGAUUUAGAUAUUUUUAAAUAA